AUGAUAAUCUGCAUGUAUACUUGACAGUGUCCAUAUGCCUAGUUCGCUAUAGUUUGCAAGGAAUAUUUUAACAAAAAGAAUUUAUUUAUGUUUUACCACUAGCGUUUUUCUGUUAAAUCCGAAUUUAUAAUUCAGAGGUAAAAUAUAAUAAUACCUGCACUCUUGAAGUUCGGCACAGGCUUUCGCGACACUUCGUAGAGGGUAUGGAGAUUUUGCAGCCGCAAACUGAAAUGGAAAUUAAAUGCGUCAUCGGUCGGCAUCCAUUAAAGAAAAAUGAAUUAGUGGUGAUAACAAAAACAACAACCAUGAAGCAUCAACGCCAGUAUGCUAAAAAGACAAGCAUCCCACUGCUUUGUGAACAAGUCUUUCGACAAACUCUUUUGUUGUACAUGUUCUAUUCGUUCAUGUGUUCCUUAGCAGUGUCUGGUCAACCCCUCCAGCAGCCACCAGAGCAUUUCACAUGCGGACCAGCUGAAUUAAAUGUGGCAUGUGAACGUUGGGGUUACGACACAUGCAUCUCCGACAAUGGUGAAUUUUACUGUCUACCAUGCUCCCAAGAAUAUCUCGCAAAAUUAUGUAGCACACAGGAAGAAAUGGAAGGAUGUAACCUUUUUUGCACAGAAAAGGCGCUGGACAAAGAAACAGAUAAAAUAAUAGCAAACUUUACAGAACAGCUGACAUAUCUCCAAAAGCAGGCAGAAAUAUCUAAGAAAGAGGCGAACUUUCAAGCAGAAAAAAUAAAGAAACUUAAAGGACAUAUCAGAAAUAGAAACAUAGCAAUAUACGCUAUUAUAACAGCCCUGUGCAUAGCUGUGGGGAUCCUGGUUUGCUUCAUAAUCUGGUGUAUUCGUCAAACACGUGGCAAAGCUAAACUCGAUGAGGAAAAUCCGGAAACAGAACCAGAACCGUCGGUGUCGGCCCCACCUGCCGAAGGUAACAUUUCUGACAACUCAUCUGAGAAUUCUGAAGAAACACUGCUGAAAGAAUUUAGAGUAUUACCAGAUAGUCAAGAGAAUAUCGAAGUUAGUGACAAUGAAGAGCAUGAUCUCAUUACUCCAGAGAAAGAUAAAAGCAAUGUUCGUCAAGAGAAAGAAUGUCCAGCAAUCAACAAGCUCCGCAGUAUACCUGCCACCAAUACGAAAGGAAAUGAUAAAUUAGCCAUCAAAACCAAAGAUCACAGACAUCUCGAUGCACAGCCUUAGUAAAUAAAAAAAACUUUAUUUUAAAACACAUCGUUUACAUUUUUCUGGUUAAAAAAGAAAUAAUUUGAAAAUUGAAUAUAUUUUAAAAAGUGACAUUCAAGUACAAACUGAAUGACCUUUCCAACUUUGCAAAGUUUGCAAAAAAGAAUGUUUUGAAUAGAAUCAAUCGUCUAAACGCUUUAGAAUACUAGUUGUAUCUAAAAAACUUACAUAUUGUAUUCGUGGUCAGCGUAAAAAAGACAAUAGAACAUUUAUCUCAAAAUCACGACAGCUUUUGUGAUGCAGUUGUUAACACAAAUAUUUCAGUACAAAUACUAGUCAACUUUGAGAUGCUAGAAAAUACUUUAAGUAACAAAAAAGAAAACACAUGAUACUAACGUUGAAUUUCGUCGAAAUAUCAGCGUAAGAGAAAUCGGAAACUGAUCGCUCAAUCAGCAAAAAUUUAAAGAUGCUUUAUAAUCAGUCUUUCUAAUAUCAUUAUGACAUCAUCAUCAUCAUCGUCAUCAUCAACAUCCUAAUUAUCAUCAUCAUCAGUGGUAGAUGUUAUUGCUGUUGUUGUAACAUUUUGUGUGAAAAAAAAAACCAGAAAAUUC